AUGGAAGAAAACGAAACGAAUGAUACGAAUUCACUGACAUAUUUUAAACGAUUACCAUCAGAAGUUGAAGAUGGUUUAAUUUCGACAUCGUCGUCAACGAUUUCAAAUUGGUUUAUUCGUUUUUUUAAGCCAAUAAGAGAAUCAUAUAAUUCGAAUAGCGCAAAUACGUCGAAUAAAAUCGACAAUGUUAACAAUGAGGAAGCACGAAAAAUUUCAUUAGUUGAUAAUUGUUCAGAUGAUUCAGAACCAAAUUCCGAAUCAGUUAUCAAUGAAAGACCUAUGAAGAAAGAAUCAGAUUCAAGUCGAUUUUCAAAUCGGCUUUCAUCAAUUUUUCGUUCCCGUCGACAAGUUCUUAUAGAUUAUAAUCAAAGUGAUUUUCGUCGUUAUUGGAUGCCAGAUUCAAGUGGAAAGGAGUGUUAUGAAUGUCAAGAGAAGUUUACCGCGUUCAGGCGUCGUCAUCAUUGUCGUCUUUGUGGUCAAAUUUUUUGUUCGAAAUGCUGUUCUUAUCAGGUUUCAGGUGUUCUUUUAGGUUAUACGGGUGACUUAAGGUUGUGUGGUUAUUGUGCUCAAAUAGUUGUUUCCAGAUUACCACAGUUAAAAUUGGGUGCAAUAUGUGAUAAAGACGAUACAUCUUCAGUUCAUGAUAAUAGUGAGAUUGCAACUGUUUCGACUGGCCCAGUAUUAUGGUCUUGUGAACCACUGGUUAAUGGAAACUUAAUGGAAGAAUCGAAAGCGCUUCCGAGUGAUUCGAAAUCUUCUUCAACUACACCUGCUUCGCUUUCGGUUGCGGAUCUUAUUUAUUUGGAACGGGCCGUUAAUCCAUCUUCAUCCCUUAUUGAUUACGAAAAUUCUCCUAAUAUUGAUGAAUGUGAACCGGAAUGGGUGAAAAAAAUCGAAAUGACCGUUGGCAGUAACCGAACUGAAUCAUUCUCUAGCAAAAUAGAUGAAUUAUGCCUACGUCCUGAUGGUUCAAGGUCCGCAAUAUGGAAUGAAAACGCUGUUGAAUGUGCAAGUAAAGAGCUCUCAUCGAAUAUGGUACCAAAAUUUGACUUGGUUGAAUUUCCAGCAGGCACUGAUAUAGAAAGAGCAUUUGAAGAACGCGCUGAAAAGAUUUUGACUUAUUUGUUUGAGCGCGAAAUGCUCGAUAGUUCUAGUUGGUGGGACGUAAUCUGGCCAUUAUGCCAUCGAGUAUCUUCACUUGUGAAAGUUGAUGUUGAGGGCCGCAAGGACCAUAUCAAUAUUCUGAAAUAUGUCCAUAUUAAGAAAUUAUGUGUUGAAAAUGCGAAACCCUCUGCUACGGUCAUCGAUGGAGUUGUCUGUAGUAAAAGUAUUGCAAAUAGAAAUAUGCCCUGUGAAGUACACAAUGCAGCUGUAUUGACUCUUGAAGGCAGUAUUGAGUAUGAAAGAGUUCACGAUAAGCUUUCUUCUAUUGAUCCAAUCAUUAUGCAAGAAACAGAAUAUUUGGGUAAACAAAUUGAGCGUGUUCUUUCACAUCGUCCAUCUGUCGUCUUGGUUGAGCGAAAUGUAACGAGAAUAGCGGUGGAUAUGCUACUAAGUUCCCGAGUUACUCUUAUUUGUAAUAUAAAAAAAAGUGUAUUAUAUCGAGUAGCCCGCAGUACACUUGCUGAUGUGAUGCCUUCGCUAGAUGCUCAGAUCCUUAAUCAAAAAAUCGGAUUUUGUCCACUUUUCAAACAGGAAACAGUUCGGCUAUCCGAUGGAAGCACUAAAAAUCUCCUAAUUUUUUCUGAUUGCCCUCCUGAUUUGAUGUGUUCUAUCUUGUUACGCGGGAAAUCUGAAAGGGAAUUACGAGUAGCUAAGCGAAUUCUUCGUUACGCGAUCCUUAUGCUUUACACGAAUCGGCUUGAAAUUGCAUUAAUGUCGAGUUUUGGUACCAAACUUAUUCAUCGAUUUCCUGAUUGUGUUGUUUGUCAGUUGAAUCGAAAUGAAGAAGAUCCAGAGCCAGAAAGUUUUUACAGUCGUUUAAAGGUAAGCACAUUGUCGACCUCGCCUUUAAUUGAUUUCGGUGUUCCAUUUCUUGAAACAGCCAAAGGUCGUAAAUGUGUUCUUCGACCUUAUUUCAAAAAUCAUCUAUAUCAGUAUUCAAAGAAAGUAGAUUCGAUUGAAGCAAAAUCAAAGCCAGCAGAAUAUGAAGAACCAGUGCAAAGAAAGGAAUUACCUAUGGCAAAGCAAUGCAAAAAUAAGAUACAAAAAUCUAACUAUUGUCGCUUGAGAUUAAAUCGUGAUGCCACUGGUAUUGAUUCCGAUGCGAUUGCUUCUUUUCGUGCCUUAUCUGGGCGCGAAUUCAGGAAACGUAUAUCAAUCCAGAGAUCACUGAAAAAUGGGUUAGAAAUCGGUUUAAAUCGUGAAUCAGUCGAUGAUCACCAAACUGCUGUGGUACAAGAUGUUUUUGAUCCAUUUAUUCAUCAGCGAAUAGCAAUACUUUUCGGUUCAUUUUCAUCAAAAUCACCAAAUGCCCCAUUCUUUUGUGUUCGACCUUGGGUUUUACAGAUGGAAUUAUAUGGGGCGAAUGAUAUGUGCUUGGGUGACUUCUUGCGUAGAUUCUGUUUUAAUAAAACUUAUUUGUGUUCUUCGGCGAAUUGCGGUAUACCUAUGCUCGACCAUGCUCGUAAAAUGGUUUAUCGUAAUGUUUGCAUUGAAAUAACAACACAGAGUAGUGUUUAUAUUGAUGAGAAUGAAACAGCAACUCCGUCGAAGCCAUAUUCUGACCAGAAUGUUCUGGUUGCAUGGCAUUAUUGUCCCAUUUGCAAAGCUUCAUCACCUAUCAUUUCACUGAAUGAUGAAAUCUGCCGUUUGAGCUUUGCGCGAUAUUUAGAUUAUCUAGCCAAUGGAUCAUAUGCUGUUUGCAAUUUGGCUUCCUUCGAACGUAUCCGUCUGUACAACGUAACAUUCAGUCCAGUGGUUUGUACUGUUGAACCGUUAAUUUGCACUCGUAAAUUAAUUAUUGAUGCACGCGAUGAAAUAAUAACAACUGCGGAAAUAAUAUUUGGUUUAAUGUCUGUUCAAUUAGAAAAAUUAACCAAGGCCGCUGAUUUCGUAAACUAUUCGUCUUAUCACUCUCUUCUAUCAACAAAACUUCAAGAUGCAAGAGAAAAAUUUAAGAUGUUAAAGGGUUCCAAUACUGGAGAUUUCAUUUACAAUAUAAUGGAUUUUAAAGAAAUAACAAAGAGGCAAGUAGAUGAGUUUUUUUUUUCGGAGGUGUACACCGCAGAUUAUGCAGAUUAUUUCAGCCUUGCUAUCGAUGAAUUUGAUCCAAAAAAUAAUUUGCAAGGCGAUUUAUUAACAAUUCGUUCCAAUGAUGCGAUCUAUAUUCAGGCGAUGGAUUCAGUACAUGCAUGCCGAUACAUUAUACAACAUAUGAUUAAUGAGUGGAAUGAAGAAAGCAAUCGCUUAUCUAAUUUUCUUCGGAUGAUUAAGAAAUCGCAAGUCAAUGGAAGCAAUCCUCAACACAUUAUUCCCGUUACUGUUUCAUCUGCUCAUGUGGAUACGAUUGCUAUGAUAGCAUCAGCAUUAAUUGUUCUUUCACUCUUUUUUAUUUAUAUUUCAAAUCAGUCGAUUCUACAGGAGAGCAGCGCUCGAAGUUUGAUGGACGAUUUAAGUGGUACUACAAAUGAUAUUGAACUAAAGCCGAUUGACACCCCAUUUUCGUCGCAACUUCAUUUGAGCCUUCCUAAACCAAUUUCUCGUCUUUCAUCGAUCGUUGUGAAAGAUUUAAUAGAUCAGAAAGGAAUAUCUCAUCCCGAUAUUGGAUCGAUUAUAGCAUAUGCCAUAUCAUCCAGUGAAUAUGAUAACAAAUAUCGUAAACUUCGUGAGAUGAGUUUUUCGAAUGAAAUUUCAUCAUCCAGAUUGGGCAUAGCUGAUUUGAAUGCUCCUAAUAACAACGAUCAUAUUGAAUUAGAUUUCGGUGAUGAACGAGCUCAAUAUUAUGUUAAGGUUUAUUACGCAGAGCGAUUCCAUACAUUGCGCAAAUUACUUUUUAUUGAGGGAGAAAAUUGCUUUUUACAUUCGCUAUCAAAUUCACAAAAAUGGAAUCCACAAGGAGGAAAGUCUGGUGCAUCCUUUUAUCGCACACAGGAUAAUCGAUUUGUUUUUAAACAAAUGUCGCGCUUUGAAAUCCAGUCUUUUGUGAAAUUUGCUCCUAAUUAUUUCAAUUAUGUAUCUACGGCGGUUACUGAAAAUAAAUUAACAACACUUUGUAAGGUUUAUGGCGUUUUCCGUCUCGGUUAUAAAAAUAAAUUAAAUGGUUUGCAAUUGAAAAUUGACUUGUUGGUUAUGGAAUAUUUAUUUUAUAAUCGAAAUGUUAAGCAAGUAUGGGAUUUAAAAGGGUCGCAGAGAAAUCGCAUGGCGAGUGAAGGUAAAAGAACAACUGAUCUCGUUUUACUUGAUGAAAACUUAUCGAAAGACUUAUGGAAUAAUCAAUUAUACGUGCAUCCUCAUUCUAAAGCCGCUCUUAAUAUGGCAAUAAGCAAUGAUAGCCAUUUUCUUUCAGCUCAGCAUAUAAUGGACUAUAGUUUGUUAGUUGGUGUCGACGAUGUUAAUAACGAAUUAAUACUGGGCAUAGUUGAUUAUAUGCGAACGUAUACAUUGGAUAAAAAGUUGGAAAGUUGGGUAAAAAUAGUAGCCAUACCUGGUCCACAUUUACCAACAGUUAUAUCACCAGAGAUGUAUUGUACUAGAUUUUCGGAUGCUAUUGAUACUUAUUUCCCAGUAGCGCCUGAUCAAUGGACUGGAUUAUCUCUAUCAUAUUAA